UAAUAAAUACCUCAAAGACCACAUAUUAUCUGUUUUUCUUAUUCUAUCGUAGUAUUUAACUUAAUCGUGUUAAAUUUCAUUUAACAAUUGCUCGUUGAAUCGAUACAUUGGUCCCGUUGAUGCGACGUUUAAUUAUUGAAUGACAUUAGUCAUAGUGUUAUAAUAUUGAAAAAUAACAUGGAUGAAAUCAAAAACACCAAAGUUUCUAUCAACGUAGUACCUAUAACUGAUAAUGAUAAGCAAGUUGUGAUGAAUUCUGUAAAACAGUAUUUUUUCCGCGACGAACCUUUAUGUGCAAGUUUAGGGUUAAUGGAAGAAAAAGAAUCAGUGGUACAACUUGAAAAUUUUUGCGCUGAUAUAUUACAAAGCGGCGUAUCGUUUAUGGCAGUAUCUGCAGAGACAGGUGAAAUGAUGGGUGCCUCGCUGAAUACCACACUGUGCAGGGAUAACGAAAUAAAAAAAUACAGCGACGAGAACAAUGAUAAAAGUUCAAAAUAUAAUGAUAUCAUGGUUUUCUUAGAUAAAUCUGAACGAGAUAUUGAUGUAUUUGGGCAGUAUCCAAAUAUUGAUCGUAUAAUGGAGUUAAAAAUUAUUACAGUAAAUGAAGCAUAUAGAGGACAAGGGGUUUGCAAAGCCCUUAUCGACAAGUCUAAAGAGUUGGCAUUGGAGUUAGGGUAUCAAAUGAUUUAUGUGGAGUGCUCCAGUCAUUUUACUGCUAAAGCUGUUGAAAGAUUUGAUUUUCAAUGUAUAUAUUCGUUGUCUUAUACAGAUUACGUGAACAAGCAAGGUGAUGUGGUGUUCAAGACACAGUCUCCUCAUAAAUAUUUCAAAGUCAAUGUAUUACUUCUAUAAAAUAUUUUAUAUUAAUUUACAUAGUUAUAUACCUAACUAAAUCUGUAACGGGUUGAACCCAAAAAAGAUAAUAUUAACAUUAUGUAUAAUUUAAACUUUACAAUAAUUUGUUAUACCACCAUAGACGUAAAAAUUUAAACAAUAUUAAUUUUUUAUGUACAUGGAUAGUACUUCGCUAUCCGGCUAUUAUAGUAAUCAAUAAAAAACAUUUAAAUUUAC